CGAUGGUAGCAGCACCUAAAAUUCUGUGCCUUUACCCAGAAGACUGAAACUUCUACUUGAGGUUGAUUCCAGAAGCCUGAAGACUUCUACUUGAGGCUGAUUCCAGAAGCCAUCCAUCUGACAACAGGAUAAGACAAGGCAAUCAGCUGAAUGGACCAAAGGACAGAAAACUAUUUGCUCCUUGCCUUCUACACCAUGAUCUUUCUCAUCGGCCUCCCGGCCAACCUCCUGGCCCUUCGUGCCUUCAUCUGCAGAGUCCGGCAGCCCCACCCAGCGCCGAUCCACAUCCUCCUGCUCAGCCUCACACUGGCAAAUCUCCUUCUGCUCCUGUUGCUACCUCUCAAGAUGGUUGAGGCUGCCAAUAACUCCCGCUGGCUCCUGGGGAAGGCCACCUGCGCUCUCACUGGGUUUGGCUUCUAUAGCAGCAUCUACUGCAGCACGUGGCUGCUGGCUGCAAUCAGCAUCGAGAGGUACCUGGGGGUGGCCUUCCCAGUCCAGUACAAGAUCUCUCGGCGGCCCAUAUACGGACUAGCUGCUGCUCUGGUGGCCUGGAUCCUGUCCUUUGGACACUGCAGCAUGGUCAUAGUGGUGGAGUAUUUGGAACCAAGAAACAAAACUAGUGAGAACCAGACGGACUUUGAAUGCUACAACGAUUUUAAUCCACGCCAGCUGUACACGGUUCUCUCAUUCCGGCUGGAGGUCUGUCUGGUCCUCUUCUGCCUGCCCAUGGCAGUGACUGUCUUCUGUUACUGGCGUUUUGUGUGUCUCAUGAUGGGACAGCCACAGGUGGGAGCCAAGCGACAGCAGAGAGCUGUGGGCCUGGCGGUCGUGACUCUCCUCAAUUUUCUGCUCUGCUUUGCACCUUACAAUGUCUCCCAUGUGAUAGGGUUUUAUGAAGGCAAAACCCCAAGCUGGCGAAAGUAUGCUGUGCUGUUCAGUGCCCUCAAUGCUGGCCUCGAUCCCCUCCUUUUCUACUUCUCCUCUUCAGCUGUUCGCAGGGCCCUUGGAGAUGGACUGAAGGCACUGCAGAAUCAAGGGUCCUCCCUUCUGGGGCACUGUGGCAGAGGCACUGAGGGAGACACAGGUGACACUGGUUUAAGCCAAGGGGAUGGUGUGGCAAGUUCUGACUUUACCACAGAGUAGGUCUCCCAUGGGUUACCCGUUGCUGGCAUUUGUAUGGGCUGGGGUUGGACAGGUUAAGAGAGGGGGGGUGCAGAGGAAUCCAAUCCUGCCAUGGUCUUGGCAAUCCUUCCGUCACGAGCUAACCAUGGGCUGAAACUUGGGGACUAGGGACAUGGGGAAGUGUUUCUUUUUGAAGAAAUCUCUUGAACUUCUUGACUGAAUUUCCUUUUGAAGAGGAACAUAGCUCUAAUAACACACACCAGAAAUGGAAAGGAGGAUAAAUCACAGAAGGGUCCCCCUUCUUGCCCCCCUCCCUCCCCCACCCUUCCCACCACUAUGAAUAUACAAGAAAGCCUUGAGAUUUAGAGCAAGAACUUCUUCCUGAUGUAGAUCCGACCCAUCUCUGGCUUCCAAUAGUCUUAGGGAGGCACUUGGGGCACAAUGACUCGCCCAGGGUUGCACAGCUUUAGGCUGGAUUUUAACCUUCCCCUUUCUGACUCCAAAUCCAGCACUUUCUCCACGAGGUUAGGCUGCUGUAGGGUGCUAAAAUGGCCCCAACACAGCCCAGCUGCAUUGUUGAUGUUAGUGCACUAACUAAGUCUGGGGCCUGGAGCUGAGUGAGUUUUGGGCACUGGCUUCUGAAGAACACAAUGCCACCACAGGUUUAGGAGUACGUAGGCAUAGUCAGGGCUAUAAAAGAGCCAAAAGGAAGGAAUCAAAGGACAAAUGCAAGAUGGAACACAGGAAAAGACAUGGGAGAAAGAAGGAUGGGAAACUACACCAUUAACAAAUGGAGGUUGUUCUGUUUUCAUUUUGUAUAUAUUUAGUCACUCCACAGUAUGUACCUUGUCUCUCCUAGUAAACUGGGA